AUGACGAUAGUGUCCCCGAACCUCUGCCCCGAGUGGGUCGCACUUUGCCGUGCAGCAACUGCACGGAACCGGUUCGAGAGCGUUUCGGAACUCGUCACAGCGUGCCGGCAAGCGCUGCCCACACACUCUGAACUUCUGGGAGGAGGAUCCCUGCAAUCAGAGCGGACGAAGUUUAUAGAGAGAAUGCUGGAACGGCUACAGCGAGAGUCGUUGGAAACUUUUGCUGGAAAGGUGCUUCCAGACGUUCUUGCGCGGGGCGAAAAGACUUUCCUCUGCGGUCCGGUGGUGACUGCUCUAGACGUGGCAGCAGCUCGAGCAACUGCACCAGUUUUUGAAACUUGGGUAAAAGAUGGUCUUGACGCUGCGCAGAGGAGCAACCUCGUACAGGUAUGGCGCUGGUUUGACCUCAUGCAAAACCUCCUGCAUCGGUACGGCCACGCAGACCGGGUUGAACUCGUGCCGCUGCCUCCGAAAGCGUGGUUUCGAUCAACCACAGCUCAAGCACCGAUGUUUGGUGUCGCGGGACUAUCGUCUACAGCUGCAAGGUCUGGAACAGAGUCUCAGUCAGGGCAGCAGGAAGACCAGGAGACGAGGGCGGGUGUUGAAGCUGCGCCCGCGCCCGGAAGUGCAGUCGCCUCGUCGAAAACGGCAAAGACGACGCGAGUUGAAACGCCAAAAGACGCUUCGGGGGAUGGCCGAAGCGACCUUGCUCGCGUCGAUAUUCGGGUCGGGGAGAUUCUCACUGCAAAGCCGCACCCCGAUGCCGACGCACUCUAUGUCGAGGAAAUCGAUAUUGGUCGAGACAGCGGUCCCGUUACGGUGUGCAGUGGCCUCCGCAAGUACAUCCCCGAUGCAGCAGAGCUACUCGGGCCGUGUAUCGUGGUGGCAAACCUCAAACCCGUGAAAAUGCGCGGUAUUGUUUCCGAGGCGAUGGUGCUCUGCGCCACCUCAGCCGACGGGACACAAGUGGAACUCGUCAAGCCGCCUCCUGGAGCCAAGCCCGGAGACCGCGUCUACUUUCCCGGUACAGAUGCAGACCGCGAUAACCAGCCGGAUGCGCAGCUGAAUCCGAAAAAGAAAAUAUUCGAGAAAGUUGCGGAACAUUUCCGCACGAGCACGGAUCCGUCCUGUGAGGCUCGUUACGGUGACAUUCCGUUUACGACGGAUAAAGGACCGUGUCGAGCCGCCACCAUUCAAGGAGGCACGAUUCGCUGA